AUGAAACCAACCGCUUCACCGCCGCUAAAGCCAAACGCAAGGCCCGCAAAUCCACGCUGCCAGCGGACGUUCCGUGCUCCAAUCGGCCUUUUAGGACAUCUUCGUACCAACUGCAGCACCCAGACUACACCAGCUGCUGUCUCCUCGUCCAGCUCUGCCGACAGCCAGCAUUGGCCGCGCUCCCGAACCCCCAUUACCAUUCUCCUCCUCCUCCUCCUCUCUCUCUCCUCCUCCUCCUCCUCCUCCUCCCUUGCCUUAGCAUCCACCACUGCGGCUCCUGUACCACCAACAAGCAUCAACUCUUCCCCAGUAACAAUCCCCGCGACGUGGACUCUAUCCAUACCUGUCCUCAUUACGACCGCACCUUUACCUCACAAAUCGGCCUGGUCAGUCACUUGUGAAUCCUUCGCACGGAGGCUGACGAACCAGUGCCUGAAGCACCGAACUACACUCGCCGCAUCCGCCUCCAUUGUCCACACUGUUCCCGCACAUUCAAUCACCGCAUGGGCCUUCCAGGGCGCAUGCGUAUUCACGAAAACCUGCGGUUAA